UCCAUCCCGAGAGAAGAGAUUCUGUAGGAACGGGAGUCCACUCUAGGCUACCCCCACCCCGCCCCCAGGCUGUUUUGCUGUCUGGGUUUGGAAUCCUGUGCUUUAACUCCUUUCUCAGGCUGGAGGAUGUCAGAGCAGCUUCCUUCUCACUGGCGCAGCUGGAGCUGCACGUCCCCACCGGCCUCAACAAACUAGAGGCCAUAGAGGGACAAGAAGUGGUGCUUCCUGCCUGGUACACGAUGACACGGGAGGAGUCUUCGUCCCAACCCUGGGAGGAGCCCAUCGUGAUUUGGUUCUUGGAACAAGAAGGGAAGGAACUGGCCCAGGUGUUGUCCUAUAUCAACGGAGCUCUGUCAAAUAUACCUCGGGUUUCCCUGGUCCACUCUGUCACCACUCGGAAUGUGUCCCUGCGGCUGGAGGCCCUUCAAGAGGGGGACUCUGGGACCUACCGCUGUUCCAUCAACGUGCAAGAUGGUAAAAGCCCAAGUAUGGGCCACAGCAGCAAAAGCAUAGAGCUCAAAGUGCUGGUUCCUCCAGCUCCUCCAUCCUGCAGUUUACAGGGUGUACCUUAUGUGGGGACCAAUGUGACCUUGAACUGCAAGUCCCCCAGGAGUAAGCCUACAGCGCAAUACCAGUGGGAGAAGCUGGCCCCGUCCUCCCAGGUCUUCUUUGGACCGGCCUUAGAUGCUGUCCGUGGAUCCUUGAAGCUCACCAACCUUUCCACUGCCAUGUCUGGAGUCUAUGUCUGCAAGGCCCAAAACAGAGUGGGAUUCGCCCAGUGCAACGUGACCCUGGAAGUGAUGACAGGGUCUAAAGCUGCAGUGGUUGCUGGAGCCAUUGUGGGCACUCUCGUUGGGUUGGUGCUGCUGGCUGGACUGGUCCUGUUGUACCAACGGCGGAGCAAGACCCUGGAGGAGCUGGCCAAUGAUAUCAAGGAAGAUGCCAUUGCUCCCCGGACUUUGCCUUGGACCAAAGGCUCAGACACAAUCUCCAAGAAUGGGACACUUUCCUCUGUCACCUCAGCACGAGCUCUGCGGCCACCCAAGGCGGCUCCUCCAAGACCUGGCACGUUUACUCCCACACCCAGUGUCUCUAGCCAGGCCCUGUCCUCACCAAGACUGCCCAGGACAGAUGGGCCCCCACCUCAGGCAGUAUCCCUGAGCCCAGGUGGGGUUUCUUCUUCUGCUCUGAGCCGCAUGGGUGCUGUGCCCGUGAUGGUGCCUGCACAGAGUCAGGCUGGGUCUCUCGUGUGAUGGCCAGGCACUCACUCAUUACCUAAAUCUGGUAUCUCACCUUCCUAUAAAGGUCGCCUGUGGCAUAGAGGACUGAAUCUUGGGAGGAUACCCACACUCUAGACCUCCAGCCCUUUGCCCCAACUUUUUUUAGUGCUGGAAUACUGGGCCUCAGUAAGACCAAAUCUGGGACAAAAGAGAAAAAGGAAAUGGACCUGAGAUUGGGGUUUGGGGGUGUGUGUGGGUAGGCCCCACCUCUUCCCUGCCUCCCUCUAUGAAACCAGAGAAUGCUGUUGAGACUGGCUCCCCUCCAAGGGCUCCGGGGGAGACUGCUAGUCAGUGAGGCCCCUGGCUCUGUGAUCUGUACAACACCCUUAUCUAAUGCUGUCCUUUGCUGCCCACUCCAGCUCCCUGUAUUAAUAUAACCUGUCCUGCUGGCUUGGCUGGGUUUUGCUGGAGCAGGGGAUAGGGAAGACAUUUUAAAAACUAACUUGAAAUUGGUGUGUUUUUAGUUUUUUGGUUUUUUUUGUUUUGUUUUGUUUUCAUUUUGCAAAUUUCAAUAAAGAUACAUUGUAUUUGCAUGGACAA